AUGUUGUCGAAGAGGGACACUGGCCGGUUCGUCGAACAGACGUAUAGUGAUGAUGCAGCUGCACAUGCUAUUCCAAAAACCUUUAAAAUACCGCCCUAUCUCAGGAUAUAUGACGGUACAACCGACCCUAAAGAUCACGUGACUCAUUACGACACCGCCGUAAAAGGCAAUGAUCUCACCAAAGAACAAGUAUCUUCCAUUUUACUGAAGCAGUUUGGCGAAACCCUCAUGGGAGGGGCAAUUUCACAGCUACCAACACAUUCCAUAGAGUCUUUCGAGGAAAUGGACGACAACUUCGUAACGGCCCAUGCCGGAGCCAAGAAGGUCGAGGCAAGAGUGAAUGACAUAUUUGCUAUUAAGCAAUCCUUGGGAGAGGGACUAAGGGACUUCCUCGCCCGGUUCAACCUAGUGAGAAUGACUAUGCCAAAUGUAUCUAAAGGGAUGGCGGUCACAGCCUUUCAAAAUGAGCCGAGUAGAGAAGGUUCAAGAGCAACUAGAAAACUAUUGAGUCGGUUCAUGAGUUAUCCCCCAACCACUUGGGACAAAGUCCACAAUGCUUACUAUGCUGAGGUCCGUGCAGACGAAGAUGACCUCAACGGACCGACUCACCGACUAACCUCGGUACAAGCCGAAUCAAGAAAAGAGCGAAGAGACACCCCCAGAAGAGAUCAUCCAAUUCCACGACCUAACAGGGAACAACAUCAACCAUAUAUCAGGACGGCCGCCGCGCCCUCCCCCCGCUACGAAGAAAAGAUAGUCUACGCCUUGGAGAAGCUCGGGCCAAAAGUGACGUUGCCGCCAAAGAUGAGAUCAGACCCUAAUACCAGAAAAUCUGACGCCCUUUGUGAGUUCCACCAGGAACGAGGGCACAAGACUGAAGAUUGCACCGCCCCGAGGGGAAGAACCAAUUUUGCCAAAGGACGUGAACACCAAAGACCGCCUAAACCACCCUCACCAGCUCGUACCAUCAAGAUGAUCAUUGGCGGCGGCGGUGACGCCUCUAUCAACAGCGUGAAGUUCACUACUACCCACAAACUCAAGCGAUCUAUCACCCGCGAACUAUAUGACGAACUCGAAGAAAGUAUUAUCUUUGACAAGUCGGACGUUGAUAGUUUGGAUUUUCCUCAUAAUGAAGCCCUCGUUAUUACCCUACGAAUUUUAGAUACUGAUGUUAAAUGCAUUAUGAUAGAUGAAGGGAGCGGCGCGUGCAUUAUCCAUCCCUGA